AUCCCAACAUCCCUCGCACUUAGGGUUCCGAACACUCUAAGCCGACCGCCGAUCUUACCCAGUUUUCAAUAUCCUUUAAAUCUUUUCAACUCUCCAAUGGAUUUCGGAGGUGCUCGGAAGAGGGGAAGAUCCGAUGCCGUAUUCAACGGCAAUGGCUACAAGAAAUCCAAGCAAGAAUCCGAGUCCUUUACAAGUGGUGUAGGGAGCAAAUCAAAGCCAUGCACAAAGUUUUUCAGCACAACGGGAUGCCAAUUUGGAGAGAGUUGCCACUUUCUGCAUUAUGUACCUGGUGGGCUCAAAGCUGUGACCCAAAUGCUUGGCAACAACCCUGCUCUCCCUGUGGCCACUAGAAACCCCAUGCCUAUGCCCCCACCUUUCCCAGACACAACACAGUCUGCAACAGCGGUCAAGACACGUUUGUGCACCAAAUAUAACACUGCCGAGGGUUGCAAAUUUGGUGACAAAUGCCACUUUGCACAUGGCGAGUGGGAGCUUGGCAGACCAGCAGCUGUUCAUUCUCACCAUGAGGACCCUCGUGCUGGGAUGGGACACAGAAACAGGUUUGGUAGACCCGAGCCAAGUCAGGCAGGAUUCGGAGCAGCUGCCAGCUUCGGAUCAUCUGCCACAGCCAAAAUCAGUAUUGAUGGGUCACUCUCUGGAGCUAUCAUUGGGAAGGGCGGGGUUAAUUCAAAGCGGAUAUGCCGUGAAACGGGAGCCAAGCUCUCAAUUAAGGAACAUGAAGUUGACCCUAAUCUCAAGAACAUUGAACUUGAGGGUACCAUUGACCAGAUUCAACUAGCCAGUGAAAUGGUUCGUGAGCUCAUUGCUUCAGUCACUUCCCACGCUGCAAAAUCCAUUAAAGGACCACCACGAUCUGCCCCCGCAAACAACUUUAAGACAAAACUUUGUGACAACUUCAUGAAAGGAUCAUGCACUUUUGGUGACCGGUGUCACUUCGCACACGGAGCUGAAGAAAUGCGCAGCAGCGAAGUGUGAGAGAGGCCUUGAGCUUUCAUAAUAUUUUAAUUCGGGAUUUUUGUUCGCGUAGAAACUUUUCAUAAUCAUGUGGCUGUAGUUUGCAUUUAUUUGGUUCUUGUGUGGGAGUCAUCUCUCACCGUAGCUGCAUUAGAUGGUUGAAAAUUCAUAGCGUGACCCUUUGUCUUGUGUUUUUACCUGCUUUGUUUCAGCUACACCAGUUUCUGUUUGGGUCUGUGUAAAAUAGUCAAAUUCCGUUGUAAUGUUGUUAUACCUUUCUUUACCCUCUAUUUAUCCCUCUCAAGGAGUAUUAUGUUUGACAUACAAUUUCACCAUUGCCAUUUAUUCGUACUUACCACUGCAAGGAUGCUAGUGAUCUUU